AACAUAGGUCCUAAUUCAGUAGAUGGCGUUUCCCAGAAUUUUUCGAAUUUAAAUUUUAACUUCUUAAAACAAUUUUUUCACGAUUGGAAAGAAUCGAAAACUUUACCAAGAAAUAUUUUAAAAUAUUAAUAGAAAAAUAUGGAAGUUUUAGUAGAAAUGCUCAACCGAAUAUCCGUGAAAUUGCAUUCCAACAACAAGUACACAAGAAUUCUCGGCAAAUUAGAGCAGAAAUGUGGCUGCAACAGAUUUUUCAUCGUCAAAUUUUUAAUGAUUAUACUAGCUGUAUACACCGCAGUUGGUUAUGAAAAUGAAUUUGUCUGCACUUUCACAUCGAUCGUCUAUCCCAUUUACGCUUCAAUGAAUGCGAUUCAAAGAGAAACACCACGAGAUACAGAAAUUAUACUGACAUAUUUGGUGAUAUUUGCAUUAAUUUAUCUGUUUGAAAAUUUAUUUGACGCCGUAAUGACUUUGAUUCCUUAUUAUUGGUUGAUGAAGAUGUUAUUCCUGAUCUGCUUCGCUCCAGUUUCUAUCAUUAUUUCUCUAUCGAAACGUCUUGAGUGUACUGAUGACAAGUAUUUUAGUAGAGAAACGCAACGGUUCUGAUUUGGAUAAUGAACUCGCAACAAAAUCAUCCUAAAUGAAGACAGACAGUUGUAAACAAGAAGAUUGUAGAGUUGAAAAUUCCGAUCAGGAGGAAGAUUUUUAAGUAGUUAAUGCUCGGAAAAUAGGAUGUGAUGUGUUUAAAUUAAAUAUUUAGUCAUACUUCAACUUCGACAGGUUUUACAAAAUUAUUUUUGAAUAAAAGUGAUUUAUUAACAUAAAAAAUCUCAAUGGGAACUAACGUGACUUAGAUUUUUGUUUCAAUCAGGUUCAAAAACACUUCAGAGCCAGUUAAAUUUAAAACUUAAUGUAUAUAUUGAAAAUAAACGUAUGUACAGUUACAAUUAAAGUUCACAUAUAAGAAUUACAAACAUUAGAUAUUAACAAAGUUCGAGGUAAUCAUCCACUGCAACAGGUCCGUCGGAAAAGCACCUUGCGACGUACAAAUUCAAAGUCCACAACAAUACAACAAGAUGAGGCA